AUGCUGUAUUCUAGAAGGAGGAAUUGUACAGGCUCCAAAGAUCUAUGUUUCCAUGCACAGUUGCAAGAUUUGAGUGAUAUUGGUGCUUUGCUGUUCACUUUAGAAUUUACUGGUAAGAGAUACACAUAUUACAUUUUCCUCCGACAAACUCUGCAGACAGUAUGGCCAUUAUGGACCGGUAGUGUUCUUCCACAUUGGAUAUAUUCAAUUGCUUCCGUUGGUGGUCCAUCUUCACUUUGA